AUGUCAGGGCUGGAGAAGAGCGGCUUCGGCAUUGCCCAUGACUUCACGGGGAGGACGCAGGAGCAGACGGACUUCCCGAUCUUGUGUGAGACAUGCCUGGGUGACAAUCCUUACGUUCGUAUGCAAAGAAACAGGGAAGGCAAAGAAUGCCGGGUCUGCACAAGGCCGUACACGGCCUUUCGGUGGAAACCCGGUCCAAAAGCCCGCUAUAAGUCAACAGUUAUAUGCCAGACGUGCGCGAAGCUCAAAAACGUUUGCCAGACGUGCGUGUUCGAUCUCCAGUACGGGCUCCCAGUGCAGGUUCGAGACAAGAUUUUGGAAGGCGCGAAAGUGGACCUCCCUGACCACCCGCUGAAUCGUGACUAUAUGGCCAGCCGGCUAGAGAAGGCUGCUGAUCAGCUUCCUUAUGGGAAGCUUGAGGAACCUGAAGCGAGACUGCGGGCACUGGCUCGGACCCACCCGUAUUACCGGCGUAAUGCCCCAAGAGUUUGUACAUUCUGGCAACGGGGCGAAUGCAGGAGAGGCGACGAGUGCCCGUACCUUCAUCAAGAAGUUAACCAUGACCCGUCACUUGCAAAUCAAAAUCUCCGGGACAGGUACACUGGACAGGAUGACCCUGUUGCAGAAAAAGUCCUGCGACAGGCGGCGAGCAAACCGAACGCCGAGAGCGUAACACCACCAGCAGACACGUCUAUCACUACAGUGUUUGUUGGAGGACUCACGAAGGAAAUCACCGAACAAGAUCUGCGCGACUCGUUUUAUGCCUUUGGGGAACUUCUGUCUAUAAAGAUGUACAGAGGGCAACAGUUUGCUUUCCUCUGUUAUGCGGAGCGAAGUUCGGCAGAGGAGGCGGUGAAGCAAAUGCAUGCGAACCUCAUGAUAAAGGGUGUGAAGCUGCGCGUCGCGUGGGCAAAGCCACAAGAUAAACGGAAGAAGCCUGAGGAUAACAGUGCGUCGGCCGCUCAGGAAGACCCGGGCCUAAAUGUGAUUCCUCCACCCCUGCCAGGGCUUCCUUCCAUUCAGGCCCCAGUGCCUCUUCCUUUCCUCCCUAAUGCGAGUUCUGGCGACCGUGGAACCCCCGGAGCGCGGCCGGCUGGGGUGGCGACCGGAGUGUUGCCUCCGGCAAGUAUGUAUGGAGCGGGAGGUGCUACGGCAAUGUAUGCGUCGAUGAAUCCUGCGGAGGCGGAAUACAUGAAGCGAUGA